AACUCCAUCAUGAGAGCACAGAGUCUGGGUGAAAUGCCACGAGAUGUCAUAGUUGGGACUUUAUUUCAUUUACUUCUGCCUGUUUUACUUCUGACUGCAAUAUCACUGAGGUACAAUGGGCUGUCAGUCGUGUAUCUGUUUUUCCUUCUGUCCGUGCCGCUGUUGCCCAGUCCAGACUUGGCUACUAUGAAGGGGAAAACUGGCCGUUUUCUUCGUGCUCUUUGCUCCACUGGAGUAAUACUUUUGGCAUUGCAGUGUGGGAUGCAAAUCACCUUCACAUAUAUUCCCAAGGACGUGACUGGGCCAUGGGACAACAUCUACUUUCACCUCGGCAUUGUCAGGUUUAGCGAUGUGGACACACUUAACAUAAUACGUCUGCUAAUGCCAGAUUUUGCUGUCUUCCUGUCUACACUGUUCAUCAUUCGCCGGUGUAAGCCCAAGAAGCCACAUCACAGUGAAAACACCCGGCAGCUCUUCGAGACUGAGGGUUCCGGAGAAGAGAUUUCAGACUCAGAAUAUGAAGGGGAGAGUGGAAUGUCUGAGGGUUCCUCUUUUGACACCUCUGUUGAGAGCCACACCGCUCCUGCCUCCUCUCCCGACGUUCUGCAGAAACUCAUCAUAUUUAUGACUGGUCUGAUACUCCUCAUGUCUUCUGUAAUGAACACUGCUGGAAAAGUUUUAGUUACUGUUCUAUUAGGACUGGCAGGUAUAACGUUUCCCUCCCUGACGUCAGCACUGUAUUUCAUGGUGUUUCUUGGCCUUGUGUGGUGCUGGGUAUUGGACUACACCAUCUCUCUGCUGCACUACAGCUCUUUGUGUGUAAUGAUGACCAUCUUCAGUGGAGGACACAUCCUUAUCAUCUACCUCUACCAGCUGCCCCUCUUCCAACAGCUCAUUCCUCCACAGGAUGACUUUGCCAGGUUGUUUGGUUUGACAGCGCUCAUCCAGACCAACAUGUCAGAACCGUAUAUCCUGGCUCUGCAUGAAGAUGGCAGCUGGCCUGCAAUAAUGAACCCACUAAUGCUCCUACUGCUGUAUUUUUCAGUAAUGAGUUUACUACAAAAGUGGAAUCAAUCUGUCGAGGAGGAAAAUGUUGAAAACUAUUCUGAAGACUCCAGCAUCCAAUCAAGCUUUUCCAAAAUUCACCAUUUCCAGCCUGAAAGAAAAGAGGCUAUGGUGUUGGAGUGGAAGAGGACGUGGCAAGACCACGAAGAUUCUGGGGUGAAUUCCCUGAUUCUGGAGGAUGACUACCCAAAUUGCUUGGCUUUAUCCCCAUACACACAGAAGAUCUCUUAUUGUACAUUAAAAAAAUACACUGUGGAGAAUGAAAGCUGUAACAGAGACAAUGACAUAUUGAAUGAGGUGGACCCUCUGCCUUCCACGGAUCGGCCUGGACCCAGUGCUUCGGUCCAGCUGGGACAGGUCAUCAUGAAACAGAGCUAUAUAAUCGCUCUCAUCAUCACGAUGGUAUGGAGCAUCUGCUAUAACUCAUGGCUCACAUUAAUGUUACUGGUGUGGUCGUGUGCGAUCUGGAUGUUGAAGGAUCGGCGGCGGUUCGCUAUGCUUAGUGCUCCAUUUCUCGCUGUCUAUGGGACAUUGCUGCUAGUGGUUACAUUCAUCAGUCAACUCCAUCUUAAACAUAUUGACAUUUUCCCUGCUUUACCGAGGGUUGUGUUGAUUGACUUUGAUGUGUAUGGUUAUCCAGUGCCCUGUGUGCACCUCGCUGCAAAGGUUUCUUUUACGUUUAGUUUCUGGAUUUUACUUCGGCAACGACUGAAAGAAAAAAAAGAGGAGCUACAGAGCACGGAUGAUUUAACGGAGGUCAAAGUUCAACCAUGUGAGAACAGUCCAAGCUCUGCUAUGAUGACUGUGUUGGGAGGAUCAGUGAAAGGCAUGUUGGUGAAGUACUGGAUCUUCUGCUGCUGCUUCAUGUUCUUCUUUGUCAGUUUCUCAGACAAAGUGGCAGUCUACAAAAUUCUCUAUAUCUGCUUAUUCCUUUUCGGUGUGGUUCUGUACGAGGUGCAUUAUGAAGUAUGGAGAAGUCAACUGAAGUAUUUCUGGGCGGUUGUGGUUGGAUACUCUAUUCUAGUUUUGAUCCUGAUCUACGUAUACCAGUUUAAAAGUGUCUGUAACCUCUUCCAACAGAUUUUAGGCAUAACAGAGGAAAGGUUACGAGACCUUGGGUUAGAACAGUUUGAUACCGUUGAACUGUUUGCACGAAUCUUACGGCCAGCGUUCUUCCUUCUGGCCUGCAUUCUUCAGCUGCAUUACUUCAACUGUGACUUCCUCUCUUUAACUGAUCUUCAGACAGUCUCAACAGAGAACAGAACAAACAGAGAAGAAGGUCUGAAGCAAACACUGAAGGGGAUUUUUGAUAUGAUAAGGACAAACACUGAGAAACUGAUGACAUGGGUGAAGGAAGGGCAGCUUCGAGGAAAAGGUGGUGAUCAAAUAAAUAUUUCGUCUUCCUCCUUGGACAAAGAUCAUGAAAUAGAAUUAGUAGAUGAUGUGGACACAGUGAUCCAGUGGUUGGCGGUGGUGGACAGGGUGCAUGACUUGAUCCUGCGUGCUGUUCUGCUGUUAUGGAGAGGUCAGGAGGUGUGCUGGAGAAUACUGGAGCUCCACAGCUUCAAACUGGUCUCGACAGGCAUCAUCUGGGUUUGCGUGCAGGAGGUAUCGCUGAUGAACUUUUUGUUUUUGGUGUUUUGGACAUUUGCUCUGCCAUAUCCGAGACUGCGGCCUUUGGCCUUCAAUGUGUCUUCUGUUUGGGCCUGUGUGAUGGUUGUGUGUAAAAUGAUGUACCAGCUAAAAAGUAUCAAACCAUCUGAAUAUUCUUCAAACUGCACUGCUGGCCUGUCAUCAUCUAAUGAGAGUUGGACUGCUGGUAACAGAGCAGAGCUGUUGAGGAGUUCAGUUCUGUAUGUGGCACCAGUAGAUCCGGCGCUGUGGGUCGGCGGACUGAGGAAGUGUGAGGAUCGCAUCCUGCCCUGCCUCUGGAAUCACUUGUUAAUUCUAGGCCUCCUUGUGUUUGAUGUGACUGUCCAUCGCCACCAGCUGCAUCACCGUCUUCAAAAUGGCCUUAAAGCAACAUACAGCAGCACCAUAUUCCAGGGUGUGACGCAUCAUAAUCUGGACCACGGCAUUCUGCCCUCCCUCAGAUAUUUCACCAACUAUUUCUUCUACAAGUUUGGUUUGGAGGUGUGUAUUGUGGUAGCAGUAAAUGUCAUUGGCCAACGGAUGGAUGUCUGUGCGCUUCUGCACUCUUUCGCUCUAAUGGCUGUUCUGGCACGUCGUCGUAGGAAAGCCAUAGGAGAAGUGUGGCCAAAAUACUGCUGCUUCAUCGCAAGCUUCAUGGUCCUGCAGUACCUGCUGUGCAUCGGCCUACCACCAGCGCUCUGCAUCGAUUAUCCCUGGAGGAAGUCAUCUCUGGCUUUGAGCUCUAAUCAGAUAAAGUGGCUGUAUCUACCAGACUACGCCACGAGUCCCAACGCCACCUUCAUCCUUUAUGACUGCCUGCUGUUGUUGGUGGCGUCUCUGCAGUGGCAGGUCUUUGAGGAUGAAAAUCAGGCUUGCAUGAGACUCCUGGCAGGAGAGAAUGUGGAGAUCAGCCGAAACCUGGAUCCUCAAACCCUAAACCAGUACACUCCUGUCAACAACUUCCUUCAUUGCCGGUCGUUUCUGGACAUGUUGAAGCUGUUUGUGUUCAGUUAUUUUUUCUGGAUGGUGUUAUGUCUCAUCUUCAUCACUGGAACCACAAGAAUUAACAUCUUUUGUCUGGGUUAUCUGGUGGCCUGUUUCUACUUCAUGCUGUUUGGAGGCACAUUACUGCUGCAGCCAGUGCAGUGUGUGCUCAGACUGUGGGACGGUCUCAUAGCAUACACCUGUGUGGUCAUCAGCCUCAAGAACAUGCUCUCACUUGGCUCUUGUGCUUAUCUGGAGAGUCUACAGAAGCACGGCUGUUGGCUCAUCCAAGCUUUUAGCAUGUUCUGCACCAUCAAAGGCUACAGUUUACCUAACCCUGACAGCCAGUGUGAGUUGCCGGAGGGUGAAGCUGGGAUCGUCUGGGAUGCGAUCUGUUUCACUGUGCUGUUGGCUCAGAGGAGAGUCUUCCUCAGCUACUACUUCCUCUAUGUCGUGUCUGACCUUCAGACUGCGAAGAUCCUUGCUUCAAGAGGUGCAGAGUUGUUUGAAGCCAAAGUGAAGAAACAGGUGGCAGCAAGAUUGGAGAUGGAGAUCAAAUCUGUGGAGACACUGAAGAAACAAAUGGAGAAAAUCAAGUCAAAACAGAAGAAUGCUCCUCAUGAGGAAGUGACAUCAUCUGCUGUUCAUCCUGAAUCCUCACUUUUCCCGAAGCGAAACGAUGGGGACUGUGGCUAUGAUCUGUUUGAAACUGACAGUGAGGAAGAGGAAGAGGAGGUGAAGGACAGGACACAAGACAACAUUUUACCUAAGAAGAAAACUGCUUUUCAGUUGGCAUAUACGGCGUGGACGUCAGGACCCAAGGCGGCCCUUAGAGACCAUGAACAUCAAGAGGAAGAAGAGCAAAGAAAAGCCAAAAGACAGUUGCAGAGACAAGAGGCCAUGGAGAAAGAGGAGUCUGAUGAGGAGCAGCAAGAGGAGCUCAGUCAAAAUGAAGAGGAAGAAAGAGAGCACAUAUUUAAGCGAAUUCUUGACACGGUGAAGUUUCUCUGGGUUUUCCUUCUCUAUCUCACUGAGGAUGCAAUAUCAGGUCUGAAGUCGCUGUGUAAAGACAGCUUGAACAUCUCUAAGGUGCUUCGGCUUGAGAAAACUCUACUGAGCAUUCAACAGAACAAGGGCAGAGAUGUCACUCAUGACAGUAUUCAUCAGUUCUACAAAAACUGGCUCUCCAGACAAGACACAGAGGCAUCAUUGGACAAGGCCAAAGAGGAUAUACAGGACAUUAUCUCCACACCUCCAGGCAUGAGCAGUCACCCGUGUGGCUACGUCAAACUCAACAGUGUCCACUCAUGGGGCAGCAGCCUAUCCAGCUGCCAGACUGAUGACACUCCUCUAGUCACACGCCAGCCAACUCAAGAAGACUUGGAAGCCCUGGAUCUUAAUCAACUGGAUGCUGUCCAGCACUGCGACAAUGGAGAUGUCCUGUCCCAAAAUCCUGAUUACAACGAAGAGCUGAAGGAUCAUGAUGAAAGAUUUGAAAAGAUAACAGAUGGAUGGACAAAUGAAGAAAAUAUACCUAACAUUGUGCUGCCAGAAGUCCCCGAGCUGAAUCAUCUGCAUGAGGGAAAAGAUGAAGAGAUCCAAGAGUCCAGAAUGCUCAAUCAAGAGACCAGAGCACUUACUGCCAGCGAAUUACUGCUGAACAAAAUAUUUGAUAUUCCAGAGAUUGAGGAGUCUGAGAGAUUCUACUCUUCAUUACCGUGUGGUGUGCGUCUCAUCUUUGCUCUCUACAAUUUGAUGGAGUCUCAGUCAGAGAUGUUCUGUUACUUUGUGAUUAUCUUCAAUCAUAUGAUGUCUGCCUCUCUGCUCACACUCUUCCUACCCAUCCUCAUCUUCCUGUGGGCCAUGCUGUCAGUGCCACGACCAACCAAGCGCUUCUGGAUGACAGCUAUCAUCUACACUCAGCUCACAGUUGUGGUGAAGUACUUUUUCCAGUUUGGCUUCUUCCCAUGGACAACAUCAGCAUAUCGUGGCAUUAAUGCGGAGCGUCCAUUCGCAGUCCCCAACAUAGUUGGAGUUGAGAAGAAAGAUGGCUACGUCCUGCUAGACCUCAUCCAGCUAAUUGCUCUGUUCUUCCAUCGCUCCAUCCUUAAGUGUCAUGGUUUAUGGGAUAACAAGGAGGUGGAGAUGCCAGACUUCUUUAAGAAGCUAAAGAGGAAAACAGAGAAAAACAAGAUGACUGGAGGAUCGAGACGACGAGAAGAAAGCACAAAUAGACGAAUUCCCUUCAUUCCUCUUCAGGCUUCAUUCACUUCUUUCCUUCGAAGACAGAGAGCAGAGAGUCCUGAGAGACAGGAUGAGAGCCAUAGCAGGGAAAGGCGUUCACAGAAGAAGCGGCAGAGGAAUGUGCCGCUAAGCAGAAAGGAGCGAAUGAAAAAGUAUAUGAAUGACCGAAUGCUGGAGGCCAAAGCUGCUGUCAUAGAGCUUGCUCUACACAUAUACUUACCCAUAAGGCAGUUCUUCUAUGACAUCAUUCACCCCGAGUACAGCCCUGUGUGUGAUGUGUAUGCGGUGAUGUUUCUGAUAGAUGUGGUGAACUUCAUCAUCAUUAUAUUUGGAUAUUGGGCUUUUGGAAAGCACAGCGCGGCCGCCGAUAUAACAGAGUCACUGUCAGAAGACCAGGUUCCUGAGGCUUUCCUCGUCAUGCUUCUCAUCCAGUUCAGUACCAUGAUUGUGGACCGGGCACUCUAUCUCCGUAAAACUCUCCUUGGGAAGUGUGUUUUCCAGGUAGUGCUUGUGUUUGGGAUCCACUUCUGGAUGUUCUUCAUACUACCUGGUGUCACAGAGAGGAGGUUCAACCGGAAUCGAGUUGCUCAACUGUGGUACUUUGUCAAGUGUAUCUAUUUUGGUCUCUCAGCAUACCAGAUCAAAUGUGGCUACCCUAAUCGUGUUCUUGGAAAUUUUCUUACCAAGAACCACAACUACUUCAACCUCUUCCUCUUUCAGGGGUUCCGGUUUGUUCCGUUCCUGACUGAGAUGAGGGCAGUGAUGGACUGGGUGUGGACAGACACCACUCUUAGCCUUUCUAACUGGAUAUGUGUGGAGGACAUCUAUGCCAACAUCUUUAUCCUCAAGUGCUGGAGGGAAGCGGAAAAGAAAUACCCUCAUCAACGAGGACAGAGGAAGAAGAAGGUGGUGAAAUACACCAUGGGCGGCUUCAUCAUUUUUGCUCUUAUCUGCAUCGUCUGGUUCCCUCUUCUCUUCAUGUCAUUGGUUAAAUCUGUAGCAGGAGUAACCAAUCAACCAUUAGAUGUGUCCAUCCAGCUGAGCAUAUUAGGAUACGAGCCAUUGUUCAGCAUGAGCGCUCAGGAGAACAAUUUGAUCCCAUUCUCUCAAUCAGCCUUACAGAGAAUGACCAAUGACUACGCCACUUACCCGUCUGCGAUGCAGUUCAUCGUGAACUAUAUGGCAGAGGAUAUAGUGAUGGCAAAGAUCAAAAGUGACGCCAGUCUGCUGUGGAGCGUCAGUCCUGCCAGCCGAGACGCCAUGAUCAAUGAACUCAGCAACUCAACACACUUCUACAUCACCCUGCGCUGGACUUUACUGCGAAAUGCAUCGCUGGUGAUGAAUGCUGAGACGGCUGGUGAACACACAGUGAAGUAUGAAGACAGCGGACUGAGAGAUGAACUGGUGUCUAUGCUCAGAGGGACACACAGCCGUCCACUGUACGGGUUUCUCAAACAUUAAAUGUGGACUCUCUCUACAUCUGUUUUUGCCACUUCUCAUUCCAUCUGUUUUCUGAUGCCUGCCAGGAUGCUGGAAAAUCUGCUGCCAAAGUAUAUCAGAGGAACUUCCGGACCUAAUGCUAAAGUGGCACACCGACUUCAAGUGGAGCGUUCCAGAGGCUCGGAUGACGGUCAUCUCCAGUUCUUGCGUCCUCUGUCCGUCAAACUGCAGCGGGGGAACGGGAGCUCCGCAGGGAUGGGGUCGCAGUGGUGGGUGGUGGAAGAGUGUUUUCCUGAGCCUCCAGCCAGCACAUGCCAGAGUAUUGAGAUGGUGGUGUUCAAUGAUAAAGUCAGCCCGUCCAGUGUGGGCUUCCUAGCCGGAUAUGGCAUUGUGGGUCUGUACAUGUCCGUAGUGCUGGUCGUUGGUAAGUUUGUGCGGGAGUUCUUCACAGGCAUAUCUCGAUCCAUCAUGUACGAGGAGCUGCCGUGUGUGGACCGCGUGCUCAAACUGUGCAAUGACAUCUUUGUUGUGCGAGAGGCUGGAGAGAUGGAGAUGGAAGAGCAACUGUUUGACAAGCUCAUCUUCCUGUACCGCUCACCUGAGACCAUGAUCAAAAUGACCCACCAAAAGAAUGAGUAGCUUUCAUUUAUGAUGCAUGACAUUUCUGUCAAAAGAUCAACCUCUGAACAUCUCAGAAGGACAAUAUUGUAUGACAGUAGCGUCUGCUAUAAGGCAUAAGCAGAAAGUCUUUUAUACAUUGUACUGCAGUAGUAAGAAAUAUGAUGUGCAUUUACAUCUAUCCAUGAGGAGGUUUUGAAGCCAUGAACUGCAUAAUCUGAAAAGAGCAUCAAUGUAAAAGAAAUGAUAUAUACAAGAAUGAUAAAGAUUGUAUGAAAUUAUUUAUGCUUAAUUGACUUCACUAGUGGUAUAUCAAUAUUCAUACAAUGCAUGAGUAUUUCAUCUUCAAUGUUUCAAUGAGCUUUUUUUAAUCAGUUAGCCAGUUUCAUAUGUUGUAAUAUUAUGCUGUCCUUCCAUAUAUGAUCCACUAGUCGGUGUGUGUAUAGUGAUUCAUAUAAUAAACCCUGGCAUGUGGAAAACAACUUGUAUUGCAUCUUGUUGCUCAGCUGGAAAGUUCUCAUUGAACAUUAAGACUUCUUCUUACAUUAAAAAUCUUUGGUCUGGAGG